AAAAGUUCUGUAUUACUAUAUUUCAGAUUGAGAAUUAGGAUUUUUCUUUAUUGUCUUGUAUUUUUGUUGAACACAGUCUGUCAUGAAUUACGAAAAUAAUAGAUAAAUAUAAUCAAUCUGUAUGAAAAUAAAUAAAUAUAAUGAAAACAUUGACAAAACCUCUAAAUGAAAUAUGUCUUUUAGUACUCCAAUUUCAUUUCACUGGAAGUGAGGUACACGUUUUACUCUCAAUUUAUAAAAUCCUCAUACAUUAAAGUUUGCUUGAUUACACAUAUAAGAAUUAUUAUGAAAAUUGUCUCCUGAUCUUAAACAAAAUAAUUUAAAAAUAGAUACCUCGUAUCAAACUUUUAAAAUUUCAAAUAUGUAGUUAUAAGUUUGAGAGUGAAUCGUUAAUCUAGAAAAGAUAAGGUAUAAUAGGUAUUAGCUAUUCUAUCCUUUUUCUAAAUUGUUCAGUUUUGAUAUUAAGUAUUAGCAACUUCUAUAACAGCGUAGAUAUAUUAUAUAAUAAUUUUUGUAUCUUGAAAACCACAUAAAAAUGAAUACUUUACUAGAAAAUUAUAUGCAGCAUCCGUUAACAUACUUUUUAAUCAGGCGGUAUGAUGCACCGUUCUUCACCAUGAAUAAUAACAAUCAAGAUGAAGUCCUGAUACAAUGUUUCGAAUUUGCUGACAAUGAUGAUUCGAAUAGUAGUUUUCAGCAUAAUAUAGAUGUAACAAUUAAUUGUGUUAGACUCAGAUUACUUCAUCUCAAUAUUCGUAGCUAUAAUAAAAACGUUGAUGAAUUUCUCAUAUUGUGGCAGGGUAUUAAAACUAAAUUUAAUGUUAUAAUUUUAACCGAGGCAUGGUUGGACGAGGAUAGUGAGCUCAUGAGCCUUGACGGGUAUCAACUGUUUCGAAGUCACAAUGGAUUGAAUCAAUGUGAUGGCAUAGUUGUGUACUUGGAUGAUAGCUUAUCUUCCGUCACCUGUAACCAGUUCUCAAUUGGCGGGCUAGCAACGAGCUUGACCUUGAAUUUCACCUGGGCCAAUACACCUUGUCAACUUCUCUGUAUUUAUCGUAGCCCGUCUUCAUCUCUUCCAUACUUUAUUGAUAGUUUAUCGAACUUGCUCCAUACCGACACUAACCCUUCAUAUCUAAAAAUCAUAGCUGGCGAUAUAAAUUGCGAUAUCCUUCACCCAAAUAUAAACUCGCAAGAGGAACGCUAUCUGGAUAUGCUAUAUGAAUGUGGUUAUAUAUCAUGCAUAGACCGGAUAACGCGCCCCAAUAGCAAUACAUACAUAGACCAUUUCUUUAUCAAAUUGCCGUUCCAUUUCAAUGCAUGUUCUUUCAUUCUUCAAACGAGCAUAACUGAUCAUUUUGUAAUUGGGUUAGAAGUAGAGAAUAAUUUGUUGAUAGAACCGAGUAGAAAUAGUGACACCCAAUAUUCCAAGAUCAUUAACUGGUCUGGAAUUGAUGAAGCCUUGAAAGUGGAGAGUUGGAGACGGGUGGUCGAGGCGGCUGAUGUUGAUGAGGCUGCUGAGAGUUUCAAUGAGAUCCUACAGAAAAAUUUGGAGCAGUUCACAACAUCCGAAAGAGUGUGUGCUAAAACGAAAAAAAUUAAACCAUGGAUAACCUCUGGCCUCCUGCAAUCGAUGCGUCGUCGUGACAAGUUGAGUAAAGAGGUCAGGAGAAAUCCAUACAAUAAUCAACUCAGAAAAAAAUUUAUUCGAUUCCGAAAUACACUUAAGGCAGCUAUUAAGCGUUCUAAAUACAAUUAUUAUAAGAAUAAAUUGAGUGAAGCUUAGGGAGACUCUAGGAAAUUCUGGAAUGUUAUUAAUGAGGUUUCUGGACGAUCCACAGGCAAGCCGA